CAUCAUUAUGUGUACGAAAAGCACCAGCUCCUACAUCGCGACAUCAGUGCGGGCAACGUUCUUAUCCUUCCGCGACUUGUGAAGGACCACCAAGGCAAAGAGACCGUGCAAUGGUUUGGCCUAUUGACUGAUUGGGAGCUCGCAAAGACCUACCUCAAGAAUAGGUCCGAUGAGAAGGCUAGGCAGCCGGAGCGCACAGGAACCUGGCAAUUCAUGUCUGUUGCAUACGUGGAUUCACAAUGGACCCGGCCUAUCUCCUUCGCCGACGCAUUGGAAUCCUUUUUCCACGUGAUCCUCUUCUUUGCCAUCCGG